GCAGGAUGGUGCGACCGUCUAGCUGUCUCGUUCUGGCGUGCGCUCUCGCCGCCCUGCUGAUCGUCAUGCCGGCCGCGGCGUACCCCAGGUAUCAGAACAACUACUUCCGCGACCGCCAGUACGACCCCGACGAGAUCAUGGACCUGCUGUCGCGCCUCAACACGCUCAUGCAGCUGGAGCACAAGAUGGAGACUAUUAAUGACGAUAUCUUGACUAGCGACAAGCGCGGCCUAGAUCUGGGGCUGGGCCGAGGGUACUCCGGAGCUAUUCAAGCCAAGCACCUAAUGGGGCUGGCGGCUGCCAAUUACGCUGACGGACCAGGCAGGAGGCGACGAGACACUUCCCACUAAACUCCUUCAAGCAACCCAAGCAUCAUCAUCCUUUUUCGUUUUCGCAAAAUAGAACGCAGCAUUUGAAUUUUCCGAACGCAGCCCUGUUCUGAGUUUCGCGCCUCGUGUUCGAAUGGUUUUGAAUUUGGAAUCUGUCGAAUGAUUUUUGUUUCCUUUUUCUUCAUAAUAGUUGGUAAAAUA